ACACUAUCCCAAGAAUUGCGUGCUGCGGCUCAUCUACUCUAGCGUUUUUGGCUACUCCGGCUCUGUUUUCCCCUGCUGCGCUGCUCGCCCGAUCUCGCGCUUCCGGCAGCCAUCUGAGAUCGUGCGAAGCUAGCGGCCAGUGGAGAUGGCGCUUGUACUGCAUGCUGGCAGUGGUAACAAAAAUGCAUUCAAGGCUCUUAUUGCUGCGGAAUACAGCGGUAUCAAGGUUGAGUUAGUGAAGGACUUUCAGAUGGGUGUCUCCAACAAAACCCCUGAGUUUCUCAAGAUGAACCCCAUUGGGAAGGUUCCUGUCCUCGAGACUCCUGAUGGUCCUGUUUUUGAGAGCAAUGCAAUUGCACGAUAUGUUACUCGCUUGAAGGCUGAUAACCCGCUUUACGGAUCUUCACUGAUUGAUUAUGCCCACAUUGAACAAUGGAUGGACUUUGCUGCAACAGAGGUUGAUGCUAGCAUUGGGAAGUGGCUGUACCCACGUAUGGGGUUUUAUCCCUAUGCUGCUGUGAGUGAGGAAACAGCCAUUGCGGCUUUGAAGAGAGCAUUGGGUUCCCUCAACACCCACCUUGCAUCAAACACAUUUCUUGUUGGGCAUUCGGUGACUCUUGCGGAUAUCGUGCUGACAUGCAACCUCUACUUGGGCUUUAUUCGGAUCUUGACCAAGAGUUUCACCUCGGAGUUCCCUCAUGUUGAGAGGUACUUCUGGACCAUGGUCAACCAGCCAAACUUCAAGAAAGUCAUAGGUGAUGUGAAGCAGGCGGAAGCUGUGCCACCUGUUCAAAAGAAGGCUGCACCAGGGAAGGAGCAGAAGCCUAAGGAAGCCAAAAAGGAGGCCCCAAAAGAGGCCCCGAAGCCUGAGGCAGAUGAGAAAUCAACGCAGGAAGAACCAAAGCCUAAGCCGAAGAAUCCUCUUGAUUUGCUCCCUCCAAGCAAGAUGAUCCUUGAUGAUUGGAAGAGGCUGUACUCCAACACAAAAACCAACUUCCGUGAGGUUGCUAUUAAAGGUUUCUGGGAUAUGUAUGACCCAGAGGGCUACUCCCUGUGGUUCUGUGACUACAAGUACAAUGAUGAGAACACCGUGUCUUUUGUAACCAUGAACAAGGUUGGUGGGUUCCUGCAGCGGAUGGACCUGUGCCGCAAAUAUGCCUUUGGAAAAAUGCUUGUGGUUGGCUCUGAGCCACCUUUCAAGGUCAAGGGGCUCUGGCUCUUCCGUGGCUCAGAGAUCCCAAAGUUUGUCAUGGAUGAGGUCUACGACAUGGAGCUCUAUGAGUGGACCAAGGUUGACCUCUCCGAUGAGGCCCAGAAGGAGCGUGUCAAUGCCAUGAUUGAGGACCAGGAGCCCUUCGAAGGUGAGGCUUUGCUGGAUGCGAAAUGCUUCAAGUGAGCCCCGUUUAUUUGUAAUGGAACUGUGAAAGUUGUUGGUUUGGGGGUCCAGUUCUAAAAUAGUCAAUGCUUCUCGAGCUCACGAAUGUUAGUUUUGAUACUGGCUGAACUGGUUAUUUUCUGUGCUAUGUUAAGAGCUUUGGCUGCGUUAACAAGAGGUUGCACUCGGCUGCCACGUCUGGAUUAUGUGCAAGAUUGCAAUCGUCCAUGUGUA